UCUGAGCGUGGUGCCUGAAAGCCACGCUCCAUCUGCAUGGUUGACGUGGCAGUGAGUAUUAAUAGCAGCAGAUUUGUUUUUUCUCAUAAUUUAACGUAGUUGCCAAGCAGUAGCCUUCGGAUUGUUAGGAAAACCCGUUACGCUAAAGGUGAUGCAGAUGACGUAGAUGCAAUGCAAAGGCCACACAGAUAUACGCAGCCAUUGAUAUUCGCACCAUUUGAAUGUGCUCUACAUUCCAAUUCAUAUACCUAAAACGUUAUGGUGACUAUUAAGACACGACCAGACCGGCAAAUUGACUGAGGAUACUUUGAUAUAAAGGUGUUAUGUCCAGAGAGAAAUAUUAAGGGUCAUCGCUGUCACUGAGCAUAUAGAAUUACCUGCAGGAUGAAAUGAUGAGAGAUCGAUGUCCUGGGAUUAAUUCGUAUGGUCAGCGUGUACUUUUAGCAAGUGUAAUAUUUGGUAUCUACGGAAAUAAUAUGCAAUGGUCUUAGUUUGCAAAAUGCCAGAAAAAGAAGACAAAAAACAUGAUGAGUAAGAUUCAAUAUAGACAUGCUUGGCUGCAACGCAGUCAACAUGAAGGAAGUCAUAGUUUUUCACAGACUGUUCUUGGAUACAGGAUUAGAGGAUUUUUCUGGUUAAUGACAGCAUCGGCUGUCGGCCAGAGUUGUUUAACACGGAAACGUGCAGUCAUAUUGACGGAAGACACCAAGUAAACAGCUUAUUGAUCGGCCCGCAUUGUUGUCAUAUAUCGAGCUAUCGAGUUGAGAGAUACUCGUACAUGUUGAGCCUCAGAUCUUAUAAAUACCUUGCCUUGUGGUUUCAAUUACGUUUAUUGGAGAUAAGUCGGUGCACAGAUCUGAAAAACCGCCCUUGACUAAGUGUGUAAAUUUGGUGAAUUAUAGCUUUUGGAGUCGUGAAAAAGUAACUUCAAAAUGGGAAGUCAUAUUUCAAAGGGCAAGUUCUCGAAAAAGCCCGUCAAUGGCCCAAAAUGUACGGAACCGGUCACCGCCUCCACAAGUGAAGGACAAGCGAACGGGCACGCUCACAAGUAUGUACAGACGGAAGACGCGGAGUUACCGACCAAAAGCGACGACGCUGAUAUUCAGGAAACAAGCACGGGGAGUACAGAAACGCAAAAACAUCUUAACCCCAAGAACAGGCCAUCAGAAGCAGACGUACCAUUUGUAAAUGAAGAUCAGAAGAAGAUCAUCGUUAAAACAUGGAAUAUCAUAAAGGAAGACAUAGCCAAGGUUGGAGUCAUAACAUUCACAAAACUAUUUGAAACACAUCCCGAUGUAAAAGAGGCUUUCCUGCACCUGAAGGACAUGUCCCAAGAAGAGCUGGAAUACAGCGACAUACUGAAGAGACACACACUGCGGGUGAUGCAGUCCGUUGACAAGGCCGUAUCGCGGAUACACAAACCAGUGAUGAUUCACAACGUAUUUCUGGAACUUGGAGAGAGGCAUAUUGACUACCAUGCUGAACCCAGGAUAGUUGACUUGAUGGUAGUUCAAUUCAUAGAGGCUCUACAUUCAAGAUUACCAGCGGAACACUGGAAUGAAGAGACUGAACAAGCAUGGCAACAGUUUUUAGAAUACACCAUGUUUUUUCUAAAAGUACCCAUUCUCUGUAUGAGGAAGACGUAAUUAUUUACAUCAAAGGCACACGUGCUCGCAGCAUGUACGCCUGUAGUAGCACGAGGGAAUGAAUUCCUCUUUCAAGAGUUUCUUUAUAUCUACUGUCUGUGAUAUAACUUGUUUCCUGGAUAUGCCGUUUUUGCCGCUGGAAUUGGAUCGCUCUGGGGAUGAGGAUUAUAUCAAACAUAACAACAUUUGGGCACCGGGCAUCAACAACAUAUAUCUCUGCGUUUCUCUAUCAUAUAAGAAGAAUGUAAUAACAAUUAGAAAUAUAACAUCCAUCCAAGAACAUAUGUCUUGCACACACCCCCCCUCCUCCCCAACGAAUAUGUGAUUUUAAUUCCGGAAUAAGCGUUGAUUACUUUACAUCCUCUCAAAGCUCUACCUUUGAUACGAUAAUACGUUUUAAGAAUUGUAGCUGCAAGUUUCAGAUUUACUCAGACCCAGCUGCCGCGCAGGGAUCCAAAUCGAAUUUUGUAUUUGGUCACUAGUAGACGUUGGUUUCAAACCACCGUUAUUCUUUAAAAUGCUUUUUACCAAAUUCAUCAUCUGAAAUCUUAUUUUGGUUCAAUUUUAGAAAAUUUGGGUAGCCACAGAUACGAAAACUGGCAGAUUUUGUAGAAUUAUUACUAAAUAACGAAAUUAAAGUCAAGCAUUUUGAAUGCAUUCAAGUAGAUUAACAUAGCUUAAGUAGAAGAGGUUUAAAGUUACUAUCAAAAGUUGCACUGUAAACUUUAUACCUUUUCUUAAAAAAUUGCUUUUAACUGAUGAAUAGUUUGAACAAUGCGUUGACUAGGACUAGGAACCUUUAGCUAAAAUGGUACGGUAUAAAGCUUGAAAAUUCUCACAUAGAUUCUGCGUUCAUUGUUUCUCUAAUGAAAAUAAGACUCCUAAGUCAGCGCACUAAGACAGUCCCCAAAAUGCGCUUUUUUUCCCUAGAUGGGUCCCUUUUCAUGUGUUUACGGACUUUUUAAUAACUUCUGGCACUAUAAAUGAAACAGAUUUCCAGUUAUGUGAUCGCUCUUCUGUCAUUUUCGUCCUUUUCUCAUUUAAAACCAACUGGUAUAACAAGAGCAAGAAAACACUUAAAGAGCCAACAUCAUGGACCGCUCGAUACAUUUAAAGCAGAUAUUUUCCACUUUGUUUUAGAAGAUGUAACCAAUCGACGCUUAUUUAUAAAUUAUACACUGUAUUGUGCAAGAUAUACCAUAUUUCAUCUCCAUCAGAAUAUUAGAUAUCCUGCUAUGACAGUCUGAAUACGACUAUUUGAGCGUGAAGAGAGGAUGAGUCCAAUAUUCAAUUCUUAAAGCCGUAGAGGAUGAGACAACUAUUUAACUGAUCGGUUGACAGUUUGGACACAACUGAAGAUCUAAAGAGAAUGGGAUGUGAACGAGAAUGAAGCUAUUGACAGAAAGGUCGGUGUAACUGUGAAAUCUGCUAUAACAAUAAUACAGGCUGUAUCAAAAGGAUUGUAUUAUAGGCCUGCUUAUCGUUCAAAGGUUUCCCUAUGCGCUCCUCGCACGUACGCACGCACAUACACGUGUGCUCAUACUCACAAACACGUAUACAAACGUGAGUUAAAGAUUGGACAUGUAAGCAUAAGUACAUGUAUAUAUGUAAGAAACAAGGCAACAGACCCAUAUUAGGAGCGUUGGAUAUUUCCCGAUUGCAGUGUUAAUGUUUUACACAAUAAGACCAUGCAGAGUAAGGGAAAACAGCCCACCCUGUCAAGACGAAUCCCCUCGGCCUGUUUUACCAAUUUUAAAAACUUGCAUUUCCAGACAGCUAUGUAUAUCAAUGAAAACGAUAAAAUAUCUGAGUCAAAUAAGUACCAGUAGCUCAUACCGACUUUUCUAUAAUCUUAUCAUCGUAUUUCUCUUAAGUUUCUUUGAUUCUGAAAGACGCGUACCGUAAUUUGUAUCAUCAUGCAAUGUCACAGGUGUUCACAUAUUCAUAAAGCCGAGAAUCUUAAUUAUUUUCCUGAAGGAGCUAUACUAGGUAUGGGAAAUAAAAGGUAAAUGAACUUGGAGAUAUGAACUUGUCAAAAGUAAUUUAAUACCGCAGUGAGGCACCGAAAUUUAGUAGUGCUCGGUCACAAUUUACCCCAACACUGUUUGUAGCAUUCGUUCUAAUGUUUUUGAAAUGAUGAAACACAUGAAAGGUCAUUAUGAGUUCCUCAGUUCAGAUAUACAAUGAUUUAUUUUCUGAAGCAACUUGUUCAUAUUGAAAAUGACAUCGCAAUUAUAUUCUCUACGAAAAGAUAAUGGUUCACAAAAGCCCAUAAUCAAACUGAUAUGAAUGGAUCUGAUAUCAUUUACACAAUGCUUAGUAUCAUAUAAAUCUGCGAUUUGAACUGAAGAAACAAAACACUGAACGGUAGUGGUUUGAACUUAGGUACGGAAACGCUUGAUGGCACUCCUACUGUACCUACAAUGUAAUUCCUUAUUGUGCUGACAGAAAAAGUUCAGGAUUAUCUUAGGUGGAUUUAGAGAGUCGUUAUCAUCAAGUGCCUACUUAUUUCUGAGCCUGUAUUUCUGAACGCAGCCGAUGCCUUUUGACAGUGGAGGUACUACCUUGAGAUGCCUAAUAAGCCAAUUACCAAACCCCAGAAACCCAGUUAAGGAUUGAAUGAUUAGCAAUUGUUAACUGUAAUUUAUCUAAUAUUGCACGGUAAUUGAACGGCGGUGGGUUGACAAAGCAAUCAAUCUGUGAUUUGCAUUUAUUUCGAAAACAACUGAAAUGUAAUACACGAGGAGAUAUUCAAAUCGAUCCAUCUUUUUUAUUCGGAGAUGUAGGAAAAUUUUAUCCUUUUGUUCCAUACGCCGUGGUGUAAGUAGGCUGUAUUUAUCUCAUAAGUUUUUAAUAAGGCUGACGCUGAUAUGGAGCUAUAAGUGUCAACCAUAAUACCAUGUACAGUUAAGCGCAAACCCUAGGGCAAACUAAGUCUUUGGGCACUGACAGAGCUCUUUAAGUACAUGUACAUGACCUCUCUUUACUGAUAUUUCAAUUUGAAAGUUUUUACAUUAUUAUAGCAUAAUAUAGCUUGGUAAAUUUUAUUGUACCAAAGAAUUGUAAAAUUACAGAUACUCCAUACAGCAGCCGUAAAAGUGUAAAUUUUCUAUUGUCUUCUGUUUCUUGCAUUUUAAUCACUGUGCUGAAUUUGGAAGGUGGAAUAUAGUCAUUUCAAUAUUCUUCGAACGCAUGUAAGGUAUAUUACAUUAGGUGGUCAUACAUUUGAGCCCUUAAAGCUUACUUGCCUUGAUUUUACUAUCCCAAUCUGUUACCUGAAAACUGAGCGUGGUGAUGGUAUUACUGUUUGUAAGUGUGGUCACACUAGUUUGGUCACACUAGUCGCUGUCACAGAAGACCCGUAUAAACACGGGAAUGGAAAAGUAUACAGGAAUUGGUUAGAAACGGUAUGUACUGUAACCUAAUCUUUCUCUGGCAGGAGUGCUAAGACAAAACUGGAUGAAUUUUCUUUUUCUUAGGUAUUUGUUAUAAAUACUAUUCCGUUGAAGGUUUAUGUAUAAUUUGUAGAAACAUAUUUGCUAAGCGUAUUUUCUAAAUUCUGUAAGCGCACUUUUUAGAUAUACUGCACAAGAAAAAAUUGACUUAUAUAUAAUAAGGUUUACUAUAUACAAUGCCUUUGAAAAUAUGAUUUUUGUAUGGUUUUUUCAUGUGACAUAUAAUUAUUUUGACAAAUGAGACUAACUAUAGAUUUACUACAGUUAAGACAAGCAAUCCCCAAUAAACACACAGUAUGUUUAAACAGAAUUAACCGAGAGCUCGGUAAUUGGUUUUAAGUAUUGACAAGGGAGACUCUCAAAUGUUUUCUUUGUGUUGAUUUUGUACAACCGAGUCUUUCUUAUAUUACGCACAAUGUAUUAUUCUAAUUUUAUAGCAUAAUAAACACU